GUUUUGACAUUCAUGGCGGGAGGCGGAUGUUUGGUUCGCUACAUGCUAGCUGUAGUUUUACUUGUGUAUUUUAUCAGUUAACCAGAAAGUGUCGGUCAAUAAAGUAUUACUUCUUAUCCAAACUAUCGUGCUACUGCUAAGUAUACCUCAAGAACAGCCUUAAGUUGUACUCAAAGUUAGCGUAAUGCCGUCUGUAAUGGUAAAAGACAACCCACUGCUCUUACCGUUAAAUGUGGAAAAAACAGUAUAUGACGGAUUCAUCACCGUCCAGGAGAAAGACCUCAGACUGAGAGUACAGCUACCACCUGAUCGCCAACUCAGAAAGGCCAAGUUGCAUUGCUGCUGGAAGUUAAAACAACUGUUGCGUGGGUAUGAAGACCUAGUAAAACAGAGGCUACAUCAGUCGACUGAUCUCAUCACAUUCAUUGUGGAACUGAAGACUGUCUUGGAAGUGGGCAUUAAGUGCCUUCCUGAGUGCUACUCUAUUCCGCCUCCACAGUACUACUCCCAACUCAUUUUGGAAAUGGAGACCCUUGGGUGGGACAAGCUGCUUUUCAUAGACACACAGUUUCAAAUGUUGAAGCUGAAAGCAGAGGACUCUUCUGGACGACAACACAUUCUCACCAUUAACCUCAAGUCUAAGUAUCCAGCAGAGGCUCCAGAAUGCACAGCUGACCUUCCAGUUCCCCUGGUCUUAACAUGGACACCGCAAUCUUCUUUAAACCAACUCCACAGCCAAUUCCUACUGGUAAUAGCGGCCCUGACGGACUUCUGGGAUGUUGUUGACGAGAUUGACAGAAAGACCUGGAUUCUGGAACCAGAAAAGCCAAGUCUUUCAGACACCAUGAGGCGAAUAGCUAUUGGAAAUAAUGUAUCCAUUAAAGUGGACGUGGAUCCCAGACACCCAAAGAUGCUACCAGAAUGCUGCCUGUUGGGAGCUGAGCACGCUGUGACUCCGCUGAGGAAUAAGCUGAACACCAACAUGCAUUUGUGGAACCCGGACUCCGGUGUCUUGCAAAACCUCCAGGAUGUUUUGGAGAUCCAAUUCCCGUCACCUGCCACCCACGAAAAAUCUACGUUCAGUGUUGAGUGUGGGAUCUGCUACGCCUACCGCUUGGAGGCUGCCAUCCCCGACCAGGCAUGCAGCGACCCUCACUGCGGUCAGCCCUUCCAUCAGAUCUGCCUGUAUGAGUGGCUCCGCACGCUGCCCGCCAGCCGCCAGAGUUUUAACACGGUUUUUGGAGAGUGUCCUUACUGCAGCAAGCCCAUUACUGUGAAAAUGGCAGCUUACAAGUCCUGAGAAGUGGCUUUGCGGGCCAGUUGAACCUAAGGAAAACGCUUCAAAGCAAUUAAACCCAAAAGGAGAUGCACAUCUUUUACCUGCUGGGGGGAAAGAAAAAAAAAAAAAAAAAAAGAUUCUAGCUGAGAACCUUUCCUGAGGUUCCCGAGACGUUAAAUCAAGGAGGCUCCGGCAGCCAGGAGUAAGGCGGCGGCCAUGGACACCGAGCAGUAAAUCACGCGAGACAAAGUGCUUUGCUCUUCCGGCUGCAGAGAUCCACCGCCAUCAUCGUCGUUGUCGUCGUUAUCCUCUUCUUCAGCCGUGCGAGCGAAACUUCGCGUCUCACAGCUGGGGAACGUUCCGCUUUGGCUCCUUCGGAAUUCCCGGCUCCAGAGCUGGUCCGUACUCCCACAUUCCCUGAUGGAGUUUGCGUUCUGUUAAAAAGCGGAAGUCAAUGAUUCAAAUAAACAAAAACAUGCUUGGUUAAAAUGUCUUUUAUUCGGUUCUUAGCGGCGAGCAGCGGUCUCGACCUCACACCUUUUCAGGUCCUUCUCGGAGACCGAUUGGAGGGCCCUUCAAGUAGCGCGGGUCGAUGGGUUUACUUCUCGGCUGCUCCUUUCCAUUAGCAUUAACAUCAUCGUUGUUGGCCGAUGUGCCUUCUUUGGAAGAUCUCGCAGUCGGAGUCUUUUGCCGCAGUGAUCUCUGGACUUCAUCCUUCUUCUAUUAAAAAAAUAAAUAAUAAUUAGCAUUGAGGCUAGAAUGUUUAACUUCAUUGUUGACACCCUUCAAACAAACGAUGAUAAAGUACGGUGGCCUACAGGAGUGAUGGUCCUGUAGAUCAUUUGGGUUUGACAUCUAAACAUGAGCCCUAAUGACUUCUAAUUUCCGGGUAUUUGCAAUGGGAACUUUUCUUUGAACACACCCAAAAAUAUUGGAACGCAUCACAUGACAAUUUGAAAAAGUGCUAUCCUCUUUCAAAUGGGAAUGCCUGGAAAGUUGAAAUCUUUGGUCUCAUAUUCAUAUUCUCAUAUCAGACCCAAAUGUUUCAGUCCACAGCAAAAAUAAACUGACCUCGCUGUUCUAAUACUUCUACUGCUACUAAUACACUUUAUAUAAACACUUUGAUCGAGUGGUUAGCACACAGACCUCACAGC